AUGAACAUUUUAAACCGGAGAUGGUAUGGGCUAAUGAGCCGAAUGCAAAGGCAAUACUCUAUCGAUGGCAAGCCAUCAUCAUAUCAAUUCAAAGCACUGUCGACAUUUUUUACCCAUUAUUCCAAUGAUCAUGCUUUAGCCAAUAAGGAAUACGAUCAUAUCAAUUUAUCCCAAUCACUGGGUAUUCGUAAAAGUAAGGAAAAGUAUAGUAGUCCUCAAAGAUUUCUUGCUGAGGUCAUCCGUAAUCGGACGGCCAAUAUUAUGCAAGCAUGUCAGUUGAGUCAAGAAGACGCUAGCCAAAUUGCCUGUUUAUAUUCACCACUUUUUGCAUUCAAUGAUCAAGCCAUGGACAUGAUUCGUUUUCUAUCAAAGUAUGACUGCAAUAUUAAGACCAUUGUAGCGCAGCACCCAGUUAUAUUGGGUUUAGACGUUAAACAGUGUGAAGCCAAGAUUGACAAAUUACGUAGUACGAUCUCAGAUCAACAUUUCGAUCCAGUACAAUUAAAUUUAUUGGUUGGAGAAAUUAUAACCAAAAAUCCAACCAUACUUGCUUUAUCCAUAGAUAACUUUACGUCAGCACUGUUAUCUAAAUUUGCUCAUUAUGAUUUAAAAUCAACUUGGAUAUUAAAAGAAAUGAUGAAUGGUGGUAGUGAAUCAAUUCUCAAUCACUUUCCAACGUCUGAAACAAAUCCCGAUAACGUUAAGAAAAUUGUCCGUUUUUUCUACGAAAUAAAUGUUAUGCCGGAGGCAGUGCUAAAUACUGCGCCUGCCGUCUUCAAUUUAUCAUAUGACAGAAUAAAUGCCAUUUACCUGAAGUUUACUUCAAAACCGUUGUAUUUUAAAAAUAAAGAUGUAAAAAAUUUAUUUGAGAAUCACGGAUUAGUCUUAUCAAAUCUCGAUUUAGAUUUUAUUGAAGAUCAGUACCUACGAUUGGUUGAACUUAUCAGUCAUCGACGUGAUGAAAAUUUGGUUUAUUUAAUGAUUGCUAAAAUGCCCGAGUUCUUGUUACACGAAUCUGAUACGCGGCCUAGAGUGAACUUUCUUCAAUCUUUUGGUUUUACGCUAGAAAAUAUAUCAACUUUGUAUACAAAAUUGUACAGAUCGAAAACCUUAAGUCUCCCCAUUGAAGAGAAUUUAAAACCUAUUCUGAGAAUUUUAUCAACGGCUCAUCGUAGAGUUAAAAUUAGAGUCGAAUUUCUGCGAGCUAGGAAUCCGCAAAUUUUAAUUAACGAAGAUUUAAGAUUAUUAGUCAACUGUUCUAAUAAUGCCUUUAUGGAAAUGUGCCGAUUUAGUGAUGAAGAAAUUGCCGAAUAUAAUAGUCUAUUUGAUAAUUCUCAAUGA